AACAAGAAAAUGUAUCAACAUUUGGAUUAUCUCCAAAUAAAAUUUUAUACGAGUGAAAAUAUUUCUCAUACAGCAUAUCCAAAAUCCAACCACUUAGUUUCAGGUUUCCGUUCUCUGUCCUACCUUUUCCAUUUCCAGCUUAUGUAAGAGGGUAGCAACUAGCAAGAUAAAGACAUUUCUGAAUUAUAAAAAUAAAUUCAUUUUUUUUCUUUAAAUAAUUUUUUUGGACCAUUUUCUUGCCAUAAAAACCCAUCUUUUUUUAAUUUUUUCUUUUAAAAAAAAAGGAAAAACUCUUGGGAACUUUUGGUUUGUUACCUAUAAAAUCCAAAAACAAAUCAAGGGGUGUAAUUUUUUGUAUGAAAGCUCAGAUUUUCAAGCCCUUUUAAUGAUAACUGCCACCAUCAUCUUCUGUAAGCACAAGAUAUGAGCUGUGGCUGCUUUGGAAACCCUUCUUCACAGAAGAAAAAGAAUCCUGCUGCACAUCUGAAAGAAGUAGACGGGCAGUUGCUUAAGAACAUCAGACACUUUUCAUACAGUGAGUUAAGAGUAGCAACAAAUAAUUUUAAUUUGAGCAAUAAAAUAGGGCGUGGAGGCUUUGGAACAGUAUAUAAGGGAACCUUCAAAAGUGGACUGCAAGUUGCUGUGAAAGCACUCUCUGCUGAAUCAAAACAAGGAUUGCGUGAAUUUUUGACUGAAAUAAAUACUAUUUCGAAUGUCAGGCACCCAAACCUAGUUGAGUUAAUUGGAUGUUGUGUCGAAGGAGCUAACCGCAUCUUAGUGUAUGAGUUUGUUGUAAAUAACAGUCUCGACCGUGCAUUAAUAGGUUAUACCAGUGAUCGUAGUAAACUGAAUUGGGAUAAGAGGUCUGCUAUAUGUUUGAGUACUGCCAAGGCUCUUGCUUUUCUUCAUGAAGAACUUGUGCCACAUAUUGUGCAUAGGGAUAUCAAAGCAAGUAAUGUACUCCUUGAUAAAGACUUUCUACCAAAGAUUGGCGAUUUUGGGUUGGCUAAACUUUUCCCUGAUGAUAUUACUCAUAUCAGCACCAGAAUAGCUGGAACAACCGGCUACUUGGCACCAGAAUAUGCUAUGGGUGGUCAUCUGACAAUGAAGGCAGAUGUUUACAGCUUUGGUGUGCUUAUACUUGAAAUAAUUAGUGGUCAAAGCAGUUCCAAGUCAAAUUGGGGUGGAUCAAAUAAACUUCUUCUGGAAUGGGCUUGGCAAUUGUACGAGGAAGGAAGAUUGCUGGAGCUAGUGGAUUCAGAAAUGGGGGAAUAUCCAGAGGACAUGGUUAUGAGGUACAUAAUAGUGGCUUUCUUCUGCACCCAAGCUGGCGCUAAUAGAAGGCCGCUGAUGAGUCAGGUUAUUGAAAUGCUGUCUCCGAAAGUACAUCUAAAUGAGAAGGAGUUGGCAGCCCCAGGGUUCUUUCCAGAUACCCAAAAGGGUAAGACAUCUGCUGGCUCUAGCUCUAUUCACAUUAGCUCUGCCCCCAUCACCAUCUCUGAAGUGAUCCCCAGAUGAAGAAUGAAGUUGCACAUAAUUCUUUAAUUGAUUCUUCAAAGUAUUGUUUCUCAUUCUUUAUGGUGCGCCCUUUCAUGGCAGACACUGGCGCAUAGAUCCUAUUUAAUAAUUUAAUAGAAAGAGAUUUGAUAUUUUAGUUUUUUCUAGCAGCUAUCAGCAUGAGAAUGAUGCAUAAUUAUUUUGUUUCAGUGUAGCUACAAGAUACAUAACUAUAUCUGUGUUAAAGGACAGCUUGACAGUACACCAUGAUGCAUCGCAAUUAUUUUUACUAAAAGAGCCAAUUUUAUGGGAUUCUAUAUUGAGUGCUUUUAUUUACUACCCUCGUUUCACAUUAUGUGCAACAAUCGGGUAUUUUUUGUAAGAUAUAAAAAUUUUAAUUGUAGAACAUGAUGUGAAACAGAAAUAGUAUUUAUUUA